AUGAGCUCACAAAAGCUUGAGCGCGAGACCCGCGCGGCUGCUUGCCCCAGCUAUAUUCUCCAGCACUACCACUCCACCGGUUGCUGUGGCGGCGCCUUCUCCUUCCGCGCGGCCUUGAUGGAUCCCAAGAAGGAGCCGUACCUCUGCACUGCCCCCCGGGAGUUCCGCGAGACGACUGCGGCUGACAUUCAGCUGUCCCUGGACGACAAGCGACGGGGUGGAGGCCCUCGAGUGGGCAGCUUCCAGGAAGCGAUCCCAGGAGAGGGCUGGCAAGCGCUGCCGAAGUACGACUUCACCACAAAGAGCCGCAGCUCGGCUUUCAACGAGCGGAUGCACGUCGAGUGGGAGAACCAUGUGGACCACAUUCUCAAGAACGACGGUGACCUGCCUGUCGCCUCCGUCGUCGCGAAAGCUGGUUUCCGCAGCUGCGCGCCUUGCUGUCGGGACAUGCUGGCGCUGGCGAGGCCGACAGGGAAGACCUUCAUUAUGGUAGACCUGGCGGAGAACGACAGGCGCGGCACCUUCCACUUCGUCACAGGGGACUCAUAUCUUCCCGUGCCGAAGGAAGCGUGCGAGGAGCAGGAGGUGGCCAGGUUGAAGGACAUCACCUUGCGGGCACAGAGUGGCGAGUUCCAGAGCAGUGAGGACAUUCGAGAUGCCGUCCUGGCGGGAAACUUUCCGAUCGACAAGACGGCGCAGGCGCUCUACGCCUCAGACCCUGCGCUGCUGCCGCCGGGCGUCGCUCGAGGUCUUACCGGGCGCGGACUCCUCGAGGUUCUCCAUGGCGAGCACUUCGCGCGGCUGACUGCCGAGUAUGGGGCGUCCAUUCUUCGCGACGCUUCUUCGCCGAUGGCGCAGCGCCAGGCGGUUCUCAUCUGCCGCGCCCGGGCGCGGGCGGCGCUGGCGGCUGCGUGGAAGCCUCACCUGAAGGAGGUCGACGUAGAGGCCUACGCAAAUGCAGCCAUCACCCCGCUGCUGCCCGAAGAGCCCGACGCGUACCUGCGCACGAAGCUUGCGAAGACCCUGGCGCCCUCCCUGGCGGCACCCCCACCUCCCGUGGCAUCGCGCGGAACGCGGAGGCGCUGGGCUCGACGUGGGGAGGGCAAGGCUGGCAAGGAAGCUGUCCAUGACGAUGGCGUCAGCACUGCCGUGCCGGAAGAUGACGACGCCGUGUCCUGGCAGGACAUGGAAGAUCCAGACGAGGACCUCUGA